AUCUUAAGCCAAAUAGACACAUAACCAUGAUGUGAUAGUUUGUCGUAAAACCUCAAUCGUGAUACGUCGACUAUCUCCGGAACCUCCGUAAGAUAGAUAUUUGCAUUUAAUCGUCUGCUGAUCCAGAUUGACAAUACAUGUGAUCGUCUGAUUUUGAAGAUAUACAGAAUAUGACGUCAGUCACAUUUAAGACUAACAGCGCUCUCGGCGACUGCCCGGGCAUGAUGCACGGAGACCCACAGACGUCCAACAUGGGCCUCGUGGUAUUACAGGAAUGGUGGGGAAUGAACGAGCAAAUCAUCGCUCGUGGCAAGGAACUCGCGGAAAUGGGCAACUUCGUCACGCUGGUUCCCGACCUGUACCGCGGGAAGGUUGCAAAGGACCACGAGGAAGCCGGGCACCUGAGUGGCAGCUUAGACUGGGCAGGAGCUAUAGAGGAUAUCCGAGGCGCCGCGCUGUUCCUGAUGGGCAAGGGGUGCAGAAAGGUAGGCGUUACCGGAUACUGCAUGGGCGGUGCUUUGAGUAUCGCAUCAGCGGCGCUCGUCGGGGAGCUGUCGGCGGCCGCCCCAUUCUACGGCAUACCUAAGGCGGAGCGUUGUGACGUCAAGACAAUCAUAAUCCCGAUCCAGGCGCACUUCGGGGAACUGGACACCAUCGCCGGCUUCUCUGCGCCGGCAGAUGCGCGCGCAUUCGAGGCGGCCAUGAAGGGCAAGAAGGAUUUCGAGCUUUUCAUGUACCCAGCUGGUCACGGGUUCACCAAUUCGAACAACAAGGCAAAUUACAACAAAGAAAGCGCUGAUUUGGCGCUGUCAAGGACUGUCAAAUUUAUGGCGAGGCAUCUUUGUUCCCGGUAAUAAACGGUUGAACUCGAUGUACUAGUGUGACCAAAUGUUUUGGUUAUGGAAGACAUCCCUAACCACGAGAAUGCUUGGUUAUAUUAAUGGUUUUACACGACGUACAUUUACUCAUGUUCGUGAGGUUAUAAUAUUUUUUAUAACAGUAGAAAUAUAAUACUUUUAUAUCAAAUGUAUAUUUUGCUCCUUCUGGUAUCAAUUAACAGAACAUACAAUUUAUGAUAUCUUAGAGCUAAGAACUUACAUCUCAAAUUUAAGCUCGAAAUGUUUUUGUUUUUUUAACUUCUAAAUGAAAAACGUCUGUUGACUUCAGUGGCUUUCGAAUUCAACACACAAAGAAAUAACAUAAUAUCGCGUAAUUAUAUUUAACUAGAAAGGAAGAGAGUCGAGUUUUUCCACGUUGAUAUUUAUUUGAAACUGACGUUUGAAAUAUGCUGUUAACUAAAGAACUAACUCAUGCAAAAACCUUUACUGGUUGUGUUUAUUUAUUUAUUAAACCAUGGGCCAAUUGCUUAUAUAUGCCGCUGAUUGAACGCAACUUUUUAAAUAAAAAUGUUUAUAUAA